GAGACGAUAAACGACACAGGACACAUGACACAAAAUCGCAAAUCAUACAACACACAAUACAGAAUGAAAAUUUAAAACAGCUGGGUUUGUCCGUUUGUCCUAAUUUUUCAGUGCAGAUAUUUGAUGUUGAUAUGUAUUUACAAUUCGGGAAUGAAAACUUAAUAAUAUUAAGUAUGUACAUUUUUAUAUUUAAUAAGUUCCUAAGAUUAGAUUUUAGAUAGACAAGUAUGUGUGAAAAUGCUAAGUUUAUUAGAAGAAAUACCACGAUUUAUUAAAGAUUAUAUUGUUAACUAUAUUGAUAUCGACUAUUCUCUAUGGUUAACGUGGUGUUUGACUCCGUUACUGAUAACAUUUUUGUUGCCAGUAGUUAUAGCACUUUUUUUGUACUUGAGUGCAUUUCUUUUAUACAUUUACAAACUUCACUGGAGGAGUAUUAAAAUUACAUUGCAAACUGGUGAUAAAUGGGACACUGCAAGAAAAUCAGUUGGAGCACUCUGGGAUGCCCACGGUUGGAUAUGGCAUGGUUAUGAAGUUAAAGGGUUAGAACAUGUUCCUGAUACAGGACCGGCCUUAAUUAUUUACUACCAUGGUGCUAUACCAAUAGACAUUUACUAUUUCCUGGCUAAGGUCAUUUUUACUAAGAACAGAUUGGUUCACACUGUGGCUGACCAUUUUUUGUUCAAAAUUCCAGGGUUUUCCAUAUUAGCAGAAUGCAUGAAAGUUAUUCCAGGAACUGUUCAGACUUGUUCGAAUAUAUUAAAAGAUGGGAAUUUAUUAGCUAUAUCUCCCGGUGGAGUAUAUGAAUCACAAUUUUCAUAUAAUUAUAAUUUAAUGUGGAAAAGAAGGUUAGGAUUUGCUAAAGUUGCUAUAGAAGCAAAAGCCACAAUUAUCCCCAUGUUUACAGAAAAUUUACGAGAAGCUUUUCGUACAGUAAGUUUAGGAAGAAGGUUUUUCCUAAAGAUGUACGCCCUUUUUAAGUUUCCUUUCGCUCCAGUUUAUGGAGGAUUUCCAGUUAAGAUGAUAACACAUCUUGGCAAACCAAUACCUUAUGAUCCAAAUUUGACUCCUGAAGAGUUGCAAGAAAAGGUGGCUUUGGCUAUAGAGAAUUUAGUGAAAUCUCAUCAGAGGUUUCCUGGAAGUAUUUUUAAUGCUUUAUUAGAUAGAAUUCCAUAUUUUCAGAAAAAACGUGUUAAAAUGCAAAAUUAAAAUCCCAUAUCACAUUCCCUUUAUACAUAUAUAUUUAUUUUAUUAUUUAAUUGGUGUCAGUAUUUUAUUAAAUAAAAAUAUUUUAUUUAAACUUGUUUUAAUUUCGUUGUCCCAAAAUACUUUAUGUGGUUUUCCUUUUUACUUAUUUUUUUUGGGGUGCAUAUUUUCCGCACUAUAAAUUGAAGUUCUAAAAUACAAAUAAAAUUAAGUUUCCAGUAUAACAAUGUCAGGGAUGGUUUUUAACAAAUUUAAGCAAAAAGUAUAUUUUGAAAAUGAAAGAAAAGUUUAACCGUUAACACUUUAUAAACGGGUUUUGUAGUAAUAUAUUUAUUCCCUCAUUGUGGGAUUUCCAGGUAAGCAAAAAUAAGUUUACUAAAAAUGACCCCUGGUUUUGAGCCUUUUGGCACAGGUCUAUUUUCUAUUUUGUAUUAUUUACAGUGAAGUAAAGAGCCUAAAAAAUAGAAAAACAGAAAUAAAC